AUGGCGACCACAACAGACUCAGAGCAAGAGGGUGAUUAUGAAGUUGUCUCCAAAGACAGUGUUCCUGCCCCAGCCGCGCAAGCAGGCGCAGCUUGGCAAAAAGAGCUCAACACGGUUCAGAAAUGGCUGCAGCCAACAGACUAUAAUUCUUCCGGCAACGAGUACAUGAAACAUUUACACUCGUAUAUUCCAGGUACUGGAUCCUGGGUUCGGGAAUCUCCCAUUUACAGCACCUGGGCUGAGCCACGACCAAGCAGCGAAGCGCAGCAUGGGGUUUUACAUGUCAAAGGAGUUGCUGGGAGCGGCAAGUCAGUCCUCGCUGCCAGCAUCAUAUCCCAGCUUCAGGAAGAGCAGCCAAACACCCCUGUGCUUUUCUUCUUCUUCCGACAGAUUGUCGAGAAAAACCACAGUGCAAAGUACCUUGUUCGAGACUUUGCUUCCCAGCUUCUUCCGCACAGUCAAUCUCUUGUCUCGAAACUAUAUCCGGUGUCACAAAAGCAGGGUGUAGAUGGGACAGAACUUGGCUCUCUGUGGGAUGCCAUACUGCAAACACUCGAAAGUAUGCCGGGCGUCUACUGUGUUGUGGACGCGUUGGAUGAGAUGGAUGAUGGGGAUUUUGACUUCAUUCAUCAGCUCGUCCGUCUGGGGGCUCUUGAUCCCGACCGAGUCAAGCUACUUUUGACAAGCCGCCCCGUUUCCAAGAUCGAGGAAGCGCUUAGAGAUCCGCAUAUCCUACGUUUCAAAUUGGAGACAUCCCUAAUUGAUCCGGAUAUCGACAAGUAUGUCGGUGUGAGCCUUGUUUCCCUCAACCCAUCGCUGAGACCAGAGACGGAGGAUCUGGUGAAGAAGACCAUUUGCAAAUGUGCUCAGGGCCUAUUCUUGCACGCGCGACUUGUGACUGAUAACUUGACGAAUGGUCUCAAAGAUAGCCGGAUCACUGAAGACAUGCUUCCAGAGUGUUUGGAAAGGUUGCCUCAAAAUUUAAAGGAUGUUUACGAGCAAAUGCUGACAGAUCACGCGCUGAGAAGCGGUGUCAGUACAGAGCAACAGGCUCAUAUUCUCAUGUGUGUGACUCAUUCUUCCCGACCCUUACGACUGAUUGAACUGGGCUCCUUGGUCUCUAGUUUCAUGGGGUUGGACAAUCUCAAAGAGGGUAAGGAUCUGGUGCGAGCGAGCUGUGGGCCAUUGCUCGAAAUAUUGGAAGAUCAGACUGUGAGCGUCAUCCACCAUUCGUUCACAGAGUUCCUUCGCGACGGAUCCCGACUGCAAACCCCGGCUUCAUUCCCGGUCCUAAACUCUCGAUAUGCACAUAGCAUGCUGGCAAUUUUGUCCCUCCAAUAUCUAGAUGGCGGCCCAUUGCUAGAUAUGAAUUCAGACACGCCAAGUGACUCUUAUUAUGAUGACUACGACAACAGCAGACAAGAACAAACUCGCCGCCAUCAAGUGCUACAAGAUAUGAAUCUUACUCUACCACUUUUAAAUUACUCACUGGAGAAUCUCAAAUAUCAUCUCGAUAAUGCAGAGCCGGAGGAUAGCCAGCUCUUGAAUACAAUUUCUACCUACCUGGCUCCUGGGAAACCUGCAUUCGGGCUAUGGAUGUAUCACCAUUGGCAACCCCGCUUCUACAACUCUUUUACUGCGGUUCAUCUUGCAGCUUUUGCAGACAUGCCAUUGUAUGUGAUUGAACACUUGGGACCAAACGACACAAAGGAUGGAGACGGCCGGACACCUCUUUCCUAUGCCGCGGAGAAGAGCGCCGCAAAGACGGUUAAGUUUCUCCUGAGUCACGGUGCUGACCCAAAGUCAUACUGCUCUUGGGGAUUGACCCCGCUUCACUAUGCGAUCCAGAAAGAAUCUAUUGAGACCGUUCAGCUAUUACUAGAGGCGGGUUUCAGUCCACUCAUCCCGACGAUCAAGUCAGAUCGGUAUGACGAAUAUGAGGAUGAAGGUUCAAGUUUUGGCAACACCCCUCUGGAGUAUGCCUUCACUGGCAACCAUGAGGCUAUCAUCGAAUGCUUCAUGCCGUUGAUUACCCCUGAUUACGCAAAUAAAUGCCUCCAUUGGGCUCGGGAAACCAAGAUUAUCGAAGCUGUCUUGAAGGCCGGGCCUGUUGAUGUUGAUUGUUUCGCAGGCGGCUCUACUAAGUUAUUUAAGGCUACCACUGAUUAUGACUUUGAGACCAUGAAAGUCUUGAUUCAGCAUGGUGCUGAUGUGAAUAAACGGUGUGGCGGAGACCGGUACGGGAGUGAGGACAUUAUUAGUCUCGAAAUUGAUAACCCUCGGGGCCCAAUGCCCAUACAUGCUUUCGCUGGCUAUGGACAGUCAUUUUCUCGUGGUUGUAGCGAUCUAGAGAACGCGGAAAAGUGUCUUCGCCUCCUUCUUGAUAACGGUGCCGACAUCAAUGCAACAACUGAUGGGGAAAAGCACAUAUACCGUGGUCGAGAUGGGAAGUUUACGCCGUUGCACUACGCCGUAAAGAAAGAUAUAAACGGUUAUUGGUUCGGUGUCAAGGACAACACGAGGGAGAAGUUUGCUUCACUUCUUCUUAAGGCCGGUGCUGACCCCAACGCCAAAACAACUUACGGAUAUACUCCUCUCCAUGUUGCUAAUCCUGAAUGUCUUCCCCUAUUUGAUCUCCUUGUUGCUCACUCGGCCGAUGUCAAUGCCAAAAAUCACAGGGGCAGCGCACCAAUCCUACAAUUAAUUCAACAGUAUAAGGUCAACCCAGACAUCAAAGUAUUCGAGAAGCUUAUUGAGUGUGGUGCCGACGUCAACACAUCUGACGACGACGGAGAUACCAUUUUUCAUAUGGUCCUUGGCCAUUUGGAAAAGUUUAAGAUGACCGAUCUUCCUUUCUUUCAGCUUCUACUCCGCUCGGGGGCUGAUAUAAACAAACCGAAUAAGAAAGGAAACCCACCCUUGUUUAAGUACCAAGCGCCAGAACAUGAUUCGUGGCCUUCUCAUAGGUUGAAUCCUAGAGAUGAUGAACCACUGCUUCGAGCGCUUGUAGAAGCUGGCCUGGACAUGCGGGCAUACAAUGGCGAGGGGGAAACCAUACUGAGUGCUCUUAUCCCACAAUAUCGCUGCGAGAUCAAGACGGUCGAGAAGUUCAUCCGCCUAGGUGCAGAUCUUACAGCACGAAAUAAUGAUGGAUCGACACUGCUGCGCGUCGCACUCAAAUCAAGACACUCUAUUGAUUGGAUCAAUUAUCUUUCCUCAAAGGGCCUCGAUCCUUUAGCCAGGGACGAAGACGGGAGAACGCUUAUUCACACAGCCGUUCAGUGUUACAGCGCUGACCAGACCGGGCGAGCUAUUGUUGAAGGGCUAAUUGAGCUGGGCAUAUCCCCGGAAGCCAAAGAUGGUUUCGGGAGUACGGCUCUUCACCUGGCAAGCAAGAAAGACCACGGGGAUAGGGUAACGGCCCGAGAAGAUGAAUACGAUUGGGUGGACGCCAUCCUCAAGACCAGGAUAUUAGGAGCCCAAGAUGUCAACGAUCGCGAUGGUAGUGGUGCAACUACUCUUCAUAAUGCUGUAGGAGUUUGCGAGUUCACUGUCGCCAAGCUUCUUCAAGCAGGAGCAAAUCCUACAGCUCUGACCCAUGAAGGUCUCUCCCCACUUCACAUAGCCUGUCGCGAUGGUCAACCAAAUGUCGUUGGACUGCUCCUAGCUACAUAUAAGGAACGAGGUGAACUUGGGCAGAUGAUCAAUCUCCACGAUUCCCUCGGAGAGAGGAGGACAAGUCUGCAUCUGGCGGCUCGAGCAGGAAUCUAUGAGAGUGUUUCUUACCUACUGAACAAUGGUGCUGAUAUUGCUUCGCUUGACAAGAAUGGCUUCACUGCACUACAUGCCCUGGUUGAGGCGCCGUCGAAUACUCCAUGGCUGGAAAUUCUUGAUCUGCUUCUGAACUUUGGGGCAGAUCUGAAUGCAAAGACGUCCGUUGAGCAGAACAGGGCCACAGCUCUCGAUCUUGCUACCAAAAACGGUCGUGAGGCUAUGGUACAAGCUCUUGUUCAGCACGGCGCUACGUCUAACCGCAGGCUACAUGAUCAGUCUCCGGAGCCUACCAUAUCGACUAAGACUCUUCAAGAGCUUCUUGAGUCUAGAAAUUCUCCGGAGAUUGUCAGAAAGGUUGAAAAGGUGCUCGAAACUAACGACUAUGCGACCAUCAAAGAAUUUGUAAGGCUUGGUGGGAGCUUGAUGAGUAUCGAUCAGUUCAAAGACAAGACUAUUCUCCAUAGGAUGGUACACCGAGGCAAUAUCUCCUUGCUUAGUCACUUUAAAGACGAAGCAUCGAAAGUUGACCAGUCCCCUUGGAUGAUGGAGGAAGAGCACCCGGGAACUUUGCUUGCCGAUGCUUGUGAACGUGGCUUGCCAGGUCUUGACAUUAUCAAAUGUCUUAUUGAGAACGUUGGCCUAGAUCCAAACAUGCCUUCCGAUCGCCGAGGCUUUACAUAUAAGCUGAAGAAAGCGACACCUCUACACUUCGUUGCUUGCGGUACGCAUUUCUGGCAUGCGGACGCGGUUACGUACCUGUUAUCCCAUGGUGCAGAUAUAGAGGCCAAAAACAAGGAUGGGCAGACGCCACUCCUUUGUGCCAUUAGUACGCAACAUCCGAAUGGAUUUUGGAAGGAACGAACGAUCAAACAACUCUUGGACCACGGUGCGAAUCCCAACUUCAUCGCCGAGAGCGGAGCAUCGUGCCUGGCGGAGGCUGAUAGUGCAGAGGUACUGAAACUGUUACUCGAGUAUGGGGCAAAUAUCUCAGCAACUCCCGGGGUCAUGGAGUUUGCGUUGAAGAAGAUGAAUGUCGACAUGGUUCAGGUUCUUCUAGAUGCCGGAGCUGACCCGAAUUACCGUGAUUCCCUUGAUGGCGGCUAUACAGAGGAUGAAGCCUCGUCACAAUAUCCCCUGCACCGUGCUGCUCGACCCGCUAACGAAAGGUUUCCUACGAUUGACUGGGAUUCUCGGAAACAGAAAAUCACUGAAAUUCUGCUCCAGGGCGGUUCAAACCCAUAUGCAGCUUAUUCUGACGAGAGCUACGUGCUUCAGGCCAUCGUGGAAGAGAACGGGUUCUUGGAUCCGUUCUUUGAGCUGGGCAACCUCGAUAUUGAGGAGCGAGGCCGCCAUGGACGAACAUUGCUCUUGUCCGCCUGCGUCGUCGUUGAGAAGCCCCAUAGAGAAGUCCGGGGGGGGCAUAUGAACAAAAAAUUUCCUCUAACAGCAAACCCUAAAGUCGUGCUCGCAUUGCUCGCACGUGGUGCAAUUCCGGACGUCACGGAUGAUCAAGAGAGAACACCACUUCAUUGUCUGUGUAGCAUGACACAUCCGUACGAUGAAGAUCACCAACAAGCUUUCGAUGCUCUUGUAACCAGCGCUCCUUCGACGAUCCACGCGGUCGACAAUGCCGGCUUCAAACCACUGCACCGCGCCAGCCAAUCCUGUCAGAGUUGGGCCAUAUGGAGGCUGGUAGACCUCGGUGCAGAUUUGCUAAAGCCUGAUCCUGACGGAAACACGGCCCUGCAUUUCCUUGCGCCCAAGAUGGUUGGCGAGAAGACAUCGGCGGCAGCAGCGCAAGCUCAGUUCAAACUCCUCCUCGCCCAGGGCCUAACCAUCAACGCUCGUAAUAAUAAAGGCGAGACGCCUCUCUUCCUAAGUAUAUCGGCCGAAUGGUCCGGAACUUGUCUCAUAGACACGUCUCAUCCGACGUAUGCGCUGGAAAAUGACGUGUCCCCGAGCGACGUUUUAGAUCUGUAUAUUAGUCGAGGCGCCGACAUCUUUACAGCUGACAACGAAGGUAAAACACUCCUCCAUGCUGCAGCAGGUAGGCGGAUUGAGGACCCAGAUUGGAACACGGAUCAAAUUAAACACAUGGAGAACGUGUUCAAGAAAUUGAUGGAUAUGGGGCUCGACCCGCGGAAAGAAGAUGUACAGAUGCGAACGGCAAUCGACAUGGCUGUUGCGAGAGGGCGGAAAGGCAUCGUGGACUUUUUCGCGGAGAAGUAA